UCAUCCGUGCUGCAGAAGGGGCUUCGCCCUCGCGAUUAUUCUCGUCACAACUUUAUGCUUGGAUAAAAGCGGUUGAGGUGGAACUUCUGGACAGUACAACCCAACUUGAGUUUUACUACAGCCACAGUCGGCCACCUUUAUUUUCGUUUGAUGGCGAGGCCGAGCCACAGCGAGCAUGUCCUGCAGCAGCUCAACAACCAGCGGGAGUGGGGCUUCCUGUGUGACUGCUGCAUCGCCAUCGGCGACAUCUACUUCCGGGCCCACAAGGCCAUGCUGGCUGCCUGCAGCUCCUACUUCCGCAUGAUGUUCAUCCAAGACCAACAGGGGACGGUGCGCAUGGACCUCAGCAACAUGCAGAUUAGUGCGGAGUGCUUCGACCUAAUCCUGCAGCUCAUGUACUUGGGCCGCAUCGUGGUGGGCAGCUACGAGUUUGAGGCGCUCAAGGCCUCAAUGGCCUUCCUGCAGAUGUACUACAUCCCCGACUCCCUGGAGGACCUCGGGGACAUCAGAAGUGCCUCAAACCUCACACCGUCCUCCUCUACCUCUUCCUCCACCACCUCGCCCAGCUCCUCUUCCUCUGCUGGCCCGGCAAUUAUCGGCAAAAUGAUGUUUGGAGUCCGCAUGUAUGAGCAGCAGAAGCCAGGUGCCCCAGAGAGCGAUCCCAAAAGUUUGCCCAAAGUUGCAAUUACUGCUGUGCCUGUGCGACCAAGCAUUCUUGUCCCAGUCAACAGGCCUCCACUCGUGGUGGAGGAUGUGGCACCCCCUUUGGUAGUAGUAGCAUCACCGUUUCUAGACAGUGUAGCUGAGCAACCUUGUGACCUGCGCAAGAGGCCCAGCGCCCGGAUCGCCACCUUAAAAGAGCGCCCCCGCUUCGGACGCACUUACACCUGCGAAGACUGCGGCUUUGUUUUCAGCUGCGAGAAGCUGCUGAUUGAGCAUAUCCUCACCUGCACCAACCGUAAGGCCUUCCAGGUCCCCAGGACCAGCGCAGAGACAGACAAUGAUUCCAGCAAGGCGGAGAGCUCGGCCUCUGAGGGGAUGGAGGAGCACAGGGUGGUCUGCAAGGCUAGAGGAGAUUGGCCGGACCACAAAUCUGACUCUAACACGGCGAUCAAGUCUGUGGCAACUGGUACGGAAAACGAGCCUGGAUCUGCCAGAAAUAUCCCCAUCAAGGUGGAGCCGGAAGAAAACGUGGUGUCCGAGAUGAUGGAUGGCAUUAAAGUGGUCCAGGUAGGAGAUAUCAGAGCAAGGCACAGUGCACUCAAUGACACUAUGAGGGACCCGAUUAAAUGUGACCAGGAGCCCGAGGCUGGUGUUUCCGUCAUGAACAACAGCAACAAGCCAUUUGAAGGGCACAUGUCCAGCAAUGAGGAUUCUGGCAUACCUGCCAAGAUGCACAAGAUUAAAGAGGAGAAGAAGGACGGGGAAAGUUUGCCAUGUGAGCUGUGCGGAGAACUUCUCACGGAGGAGUACCAGUCAGCCCACUACAUCUCCAGCCACAUGGGCCACAUCUGCGCCUGUGGGAGGUGUGGCCAGGUCCUAAUCAAGGGGUGGCAACUGCAGGAGCAUGCUGAGCGCUGUGGCGAACCUCAGAGUGCAGACACUGACUCUCAUGGGGAGGAAGGCGACACGCCCCUGCCAGAGGAACUGCAGGCCAUGGACGAUGGGCUGCUGGAGGGGGGCGACCUGGCCUGCCCCCACUGUAGCCUGCUUUUCCAGAGUGAGAGCCUGGCCUUGGAACACGCUCUGACCUGCCACGAGCAGGAGCUGUUCCGCCCUGUCCUGCUGGAGGAUGGCGGUGUCGAGCCUGACCAUCGGCGCAAGCAUUUCUGUGCCAUCUGUGGCAAGGGCUUCUACCAGCGCUGCCACCUGCGGGAGCACUACACCGUCCACACCAAGGAGAAGCAGUUCAGCUGUCUGACGUGCGGCAAGCAAUUCCUGCGUGAGCGGCAGCUCCGGCUGCACACCGACAUGCACAAGGGCAUGGCGCGCUACGUCUGCCCCGUGUGCGACCAGGGCACCUUCCUCAAACACGACCAUGUGCGCCACAUGAUCUCGCACCUGUCGGCCGGGGAGACCAUCUGCCAGGUGUGCUUUCAAAUCUUCCCCAGCGGCGAGCACCUGGAGAAACACAUGGAUGUGCACCUGUACAUCUGUGGCGUCUGUGGGGAGAAGUUUCGCCUUCGCAAGGACAUGCGGAGCCACUACAACUCCAAACACACCAAAAGACUGUGUCCUGAAUGUCCUGAAUGAAUGUGUCUGUUACUUCAAAGUCAUAAACGUGAGAACAAAUGUAUGCACUUAAACACCCCCAAAAAUAACCUACUAAAUCUGCACUUUCAAAAUGUAUGCCUAAUCGAAGUGUCUUAUUGCCUAAAAGUUGAGGCAUAUAUUUUUGAGUUUGAUGUCUAUUUGUUUUCCACCCCUGCACUAAACACACAUUAAUGUAAUUUGAUGACAUUGCCACAUAAAGUAGACAAAUCCUUAGCACAUUUGCCACACACAGUAGAGUGGCGCAGCGGUCUAAGGCACUGCAUCUCAGUGCUAGAGGCGUCACUACAGACUCUCUGGUUCGAGUACACGCUGUAUCACAACCGGACAGGAUUGGGAGUCCCAUAGGGAGGCGCACAAUUGGCCCAGCGUCGUCCGGGUUUGGCCGGUGUAGGUCGUCAUUGUAAAUAAGAAUUUGUUCUAAACUGACUUACCUAGUUAAAUUAAAAAUGUGAACAUUUAUAGACAAAUCCUUAGCAAAUUUGUUCAUGUUUGAAUGCUUUUGGAAUCUAGUGUCUAGCAAACAUAGCCUAUGCAAUACACAGUUAAUGGAAUGAAGUGGAUUCAAUUUUUUUUAAUUGUAAUAUGAAUCCACACUUCAACAUAGUCUUGUUGAGCAGUUACUGUACCAGCACUUAUACACUUAAAAUAAUGUCAAUACACAAAAACACUAGAAUUGCUCCACUGGUUGGAACCAGAACAAAUAGAAACACAUACUGAACUAUUGGCAAUGGUUAUAACCUAAUUCCCUAUGAAAUUGUUAAUGCCACAAAGGCUAGAGCAUGCACUUGCUCUUUUGCACAAUCAAUUAUUUAAUCUGUUUACUAUGCAAUAUUAGUAAACACAAAACUGAAAAAUGACUGUGAGAAAAUGGUUAUGACGUCUACAUUAUGAUUGUUGUUCAGAUUUCAUGGCAAGGUAGGGGUAUUGUAAAUGACCUAUACAAUUAGCAACAGAACUUCUGUACCCAGUGACUAGGACAGCCAUCAAUUUGGCUUUACAGACAAAUCAAAAACUGUAAUAUUUCCUUUUUGUAUACUGUACACAGCCUAAAAUCAUUAAGUCUGAAUCCACUCUUAGGAACUUUUAUGUACUAAGUGAUUUCUAUUUCAUUCAUGUUGCAUUAGCCUUCUCUUCAGCUUGGAUAGGUAUCAAAGUAACAUUUGUGUUACAUUUAAAGCUUCCCUUUACAAUUGCCUUUGUAUUAACUUGGCUGCGUUUACACAGGCAGACCAUUUCAGAUCUUUUGCCACUAAUUGGCCUUUUGACCAAUCAGAUCAGCCCUUUUGUUUGAUUGCAUUACACAGCCAAUAUUAAGGUUUGUCCUACAUUGGUGUUGUAUUGCGGGGUACUACUUGAGCAAUAUGUCUCCUGCAUGUUAGAUAGUAUCACACACAUGUUGCUACUGUGAAAUGCCAAUUGUUUUGUUUGUUGCACUGCAGAGAUAACAUAAUAUCUGAAAACAUCUUGACACGACAUGCAUUAGUGUGGGAGCUGGUGAAGCCUCUUAGGCCAUCACAAUGUAGCAUACAAAAUAACCAUGUAAGGAUGUUGUCUAUUACUUACCUUAACAGGGUGACAUCCCUUCAGGGGCUAAAAUAAGCAUUAUUAAUGAGCAAGCAAGCAAAUGUUUGUAUAAUCCACAACUCAGGACCCCAUUCAAUCAAAAUCAGGGUAAAGGACAUUUCCUUCACACAGUAACAGUUUUUCAAGAACCAUGCAUCUUCUGUGUAUAACUGUACCUUAUGAGCUAACAUGGUUCUGAGGGGGAAAAAAAUCCCCCUUAUAUUACAUAGCCUAACUAUUGGACUGAAAUGAGUUUCAGAACCCAAACUGGUGUUAUAUAAAAGCAUAGGUCAUUUAUAAUUUUUGUAUUUUUACUUCUGGAAUUUGUUAUUGGAUUUUGGAACCUUUAAAAUAAUACAUGCACACAAUCCGAUAACUCACCCCAAGUGAUGCUGAUUUCGCUUGGUAAAAGGUAGGCCUAGUACACUCGAAGGUUAAUUGUCUAGCUGUUUGUUACUUUUCACAGUAGUGCUAAAUGGCUCUUGGUAUGUAUCCUGUUUCAGAAGAGCAAGAGUGAUGAGUCAUCUUUUAAGGAUCUGAAUUUAGUUUAUCACUGUCACUGUUUUUUUGGUGGUCAUUUCAUUUCAUUGGGUUGUGUUGUGUUGGUAACAAGGUCACGCUCGGAAAUGUCAGUUUUGUUGGUUGACUGAUGUUUGGGUAUCUGAGAGGUAAAAACAUUAUCGCACCUGUUUGUAAGGCUGUUCAAAAAAUAUAUGAUUUACCCACGAUAAAUGUUUUCAUUUGGAUAUAGAUGCUUUUUCUCAAGGUCUGAAUAAACCAAGUGGAUA